GAUGUUAGUGUGACAUCAGGCUGUAUCAAUGAGACUUCAACGGAUGAGGCGCCGCCUCUGUCUCGGGUGCAGUGGGACAGUUGAGCAUCAGCCGGUUGUGUGCCUGCUAACGGAUCGUACCUACGUACGCGUUGUCACUCGUCGUCCCGCUGCACGCUUCAUGCUGCGCUAGGUGUCUGCAGCACAGCGCGACGCCGUGCAUACCGCCAGUCACGGUGUCAUAGCCGCUGCUCACAAUGUUAUGAUACCUGUACCAUGGGGCGCCCGUAAUUUCACGUGCAGUGUGUCAGUUUGCUGACAAGGGCGGCUCAGGUGCCAGCCAAGGUGUACUAUUUCACCUCAUACUCCACCCUGCUCUCAGCCUCUCCUCAGCAGCGGACACUACCUACCUCCGCUUUUUCAUCUCGCUUCAAGGCCUGACCAUACUUUCGUUUCGCUGGCCAGGUCUUCAAAGAGCCGAGAGGAUUGUUUUCGUUUGAGGAUGUCAGCUGUUUAACUGUUUCGAUCAAAUUUCCACGUUUCACUUGUAUGAAACAUGGGCGGAAAACUCAGCUGUGCCGGCGGCGCCAAUUGCGCUAGCGGCAAGAAACGUCGACCCAAGAAGAAGAGACUGAGUGAAGAACUUGAAGAAAAAAGACAAAUUGUUGAUGAGCUGAGGACAAAAGCAUCAGAACUAAUUCCUCAAAUAAGCCAGCAUGAUGGUGAACUUAUUGACCAGAGCAUCAGGAUGAUGGAGCGUCAAUGCAGUGAGCUGCAGGCAUCUGUGGAAAAACAGCAUCGUGGCUAUGGGGCGCUGGGUGGAGACUUGGGUGACAUCAGGCAAGAAGCGAAUCACUACUUACUGUGGCUGAAUUCUCAGAGCUCUAACCUGGAGACAGAGACUCGUCUUGGCUUUGCACCCGCUGAGGCAGAAAUUAAACUAAGGGCAGCCAAGGAUCUUAUGGGAGAGCUUGAUGAAAAACAGGUGACUCUCCAUAUUGUCAGACAAAAAGCAGAAGCUCUGUUGCAAGAUCUCCCGGGUCCUGAACGUAUUUCUGUGGAACAUCUUGUCGCCCAGGUUCAGGCAAGGCAUAACCAGGUGUGUGAACAAGUGUCCAGUGAGUGUGCCAAGCUGCAAGCAAUACAUGAACAGUAUGUGGAGUUUCAGCACCAAGUAAAGAAAGAAAAAGAUUGGCUGCACAGCCAUGCCAGAAUGGCUGACAAGCUAGAUACAGUCAGACUGUUGGCUUCAGAUGUAGAGAAGCAGGCUGAUGAAAGCAAGAGCUUAGUGGCCAAGGUGCAGAACCGCAUUUCUCGACAGGAGCAUUUGGAAGCAAGUGGGCAGAUGUUAAGGGAGAAGUGCACAGAGGAUGGAGCAAUAGUGAUCAGUGUCGCACUAACAGAACUCAGUGAACAAAGUGGAGGGCUGGUUGCUCGUCUGAAGCAGCAGGAGGAUCAUCUGCGAAGCUGCUCUGAAUCACGCCGUCUUUAUGAGACAGAUUACCAGAAAAUAGAACAUUGGUGCAAUGAUACUGAUAUCAAGUGCAUGGGGGAUCUUCCUCUUGACUGUGCUACAGAAGUGUUGGAAGUGCAGCACAUUAAAUUUUGUCUUAUAUUUGGAACUCGCGAGAUGACCGAGUACAAAUGA